UGAGUGACGGGGGAGGGCGGGAGCGGCGGCCAUGGCGGCGGUGCUGGCGCGGGGCCUGGUGCGGGGCGCGCUGCGAGUGGGGCAGCGGUGCGUGUCGGCGCCCAGCGGGAGGGAUGGGGAGGUGAGCAAGGCACAGCGGGCAGCGGCGGCCGGCGAGGAGGCGGGUGGGCAGCCCACCAUCUUCAGCAAGAUCAUCGACCGCACCAUCCCUGCCACCAUCCUCUAUGAAGAUGACAAGUGCCUGGUCUUCCGUGAUGUGGCCCCCCAAGCCCCUGUCCACUUCCUGGUGAUCCCCAAGCGCCCCAUCCCCCGGAUCAGCCGUGUGGGUCCCCAAGACACCGAGCUCCUGGGGCACUUGCUGGUGGUGGCAGCACGCACAGCACAGGCAGAGGGGCUGGCUGACGGCUACCGCCUCGUGAUCAAUGAUGGGAAGCACGGUGCCCAGUCCGUCUACCACCUGCACCUCCAUGUCCUGGGGGGGCGGCAGAUGGGCUGGCCCCCUGGCUGACCCCCCACUGCCCACCACCCCCCAAUAAAGCAUCUCCUUGGUGGUGGCUUCAGUG